AUAGUGUCUUCCUUCACGUUGUUUUUAGCACUGCUGCUGAGGCUGAUUUUCAGCAAACACAGACAGAUGAAAGUGCAUUGAGACACGCUUCAGAUACGCGAAGGAAGCACGUUCACAAGCGAGCAACGAACACAUCUCAUCACAGGCGGAGAUAUGAACGAUGCGGGUUCAUCCUCAAGGAAGCACGCGAGUUCCCGAGAGCUACAGACUCCCAAGAAUGAGGAUGCCUAUGAAAUCUCCAUUCCUUUUGAAGACAACCACUUUGAUGAGCAGGGAGGCUUUUACAACCAGAAUGACCAGAACUUUGAUGGUAGUGAUCCGCCAGCACCGAGCAGCUCAUACCUGUUAAUCACUAACUUGCGCACACAACUGCAGAUCUCACUGGAGAAAAAUUCAUGGCUGCAGAAAUGCAUCGAGGACCUGGAAGAGGAGAGGGACUUCCUGCGCUGCCAGCUCGAUCGGUUCAUCUUCUCAACCAAGAGUCAGGAAAGCAACGGUAAUGAUUCCAGGAGUUUUUCUUGGAGAAGGAGAAGAGAAAAUGAUCGGGAUCAACAAGUGGAAAGUCAGCGUUCAGCCAACCGUCAGUCAUUCCAGCAGAGGCCAACCCAACAGACUUCAGCCAAUUCCAAGGCCCUGAGCUCUGUUCCUGGUCCAGUCAGUGCUCAGAUAAAUGCCAUGUAUGGAUCUCCCCACCCUCAGCCUCUUUUGCAGGGCCACGGUGGCGGCAGCACCAGCAGCAGCUGCAGUAGCAACAACAGGUCCCUCAAUGAACUGCAAGAAUCCCUCACUCUUCUGCGAGAUGAAGAAGAGGAUGCCUAUCUUGAGGAUAGCUACCUUGAGGAAGAGGAAAUGAUGUCAGGAGAGGAUGUGAUAACAGAUAGUAUGUCACUUCGGAAUAUCAGCACAGCUGGAAGACCCACCGGCGGUCAUCCAGCUCUGAAGAGAAGGAGGGUUUUCAGAAUCGCCAGAGGGAGAGAAAGACAGAGAGUGAAAGAUGCAGCAGGUGUGUUGUUCCGCUAUAAAAAGAUCCUGGUAACAUACCAGAGGUUAAAGAACAUGUCCAAGGCCUUCCAGAUCCAUGGUGUAGAUCGUAAUACGGUGGCCUCUACCACACCCAUUGCCGAGCUUCUGCUGGUGGCUCCAGAGAAGGUGGCUGAGGUGGGCGAGUUUGACCCAUCUAAAGAAAAGCUUCUGGACUAUGCCCGACGCUGUUACAUCGCCCUCGACCCCCAGACUCUCAGCAAAGUGCAAGCAUUGAAGAAGAACAAUCUCCUCCUGCCCAUCUCAUACAGGUUGAAAGGAACGGAUAAUCGAUAAUUGGAAGAAUUAGUGGGGUGAUUCUUAUCCUGCUGUACAGCGAAACCCCUUCACUGUAUUUUAAUGUACCAUAGAACACACAUCUCCCAUUUUAACCUCCACAUUGUGCUGUUCAGAUCCUCUGUACUCUGAAGCAACUCUACUAUUACCUCUGUUCACUCACUCAUAGAGCUGGACGCUCAAAGCUGCGGGUGGACUGCACACUUAUGCUUUCAGGAUUGCCAUUUUUUAAAAGAGAAUUUAGUUCUCAAACUCAUUUUACACCAUUCUUUCAUAACGGACUUCUUAGUAUCCUCUAAUUGUUGCUCCGGUUAAAGCUCAAUUUACACUUUUAAAACCAGUCCAAAAUGUGCAGCAACAACAUCAGCCCUUUGUGAUGUGUAGCUCUAUAGCAGUGUGUGUUGCUCAGAAGAGCUUUGUUGGGUCAUUAGAUCCUCUCAGUUGUCCUAAGUGUGUGUCCUGGUUCUCCGUAUCUCAUAGCACUUACUCGACAGACUGAAAAACAUUUGAAAUUUAGGUUCUUCUAAAAAAAGUGGCGCACGCAUAGACCCAUCACUCCUCCCGUUUUAACCCUGCGCUACUCUUUGCAAGAGGCACCUGUAUGUUCUCAUUAGAACCUCAUUGGAUAUGAUUUGUGGAGUGUUCGUGCAUGUGUCUCCCUUAAUCAUGGCCUGUCUCCUAUUAGAUGACACUGACUGUUCAGCAUGUGAAAAGUUUAUAUAGUGUAAAUCAGUGAUAAGACAUGUUAAAACAGUUGGUAAUAGUACUACUGGUCUAGUCUAGUACCGCAUAGUGGAGAUGAUGUUAUGUGAGGCAGUGAGUGCAGACAUGUUCCUGUUCUACCUGGUGCUGAAGUUCUCAUGAGUGUGUGUGUCUUUGAGAUUGUGUGUUUGCUGAAUUCACCGUGUACGUCUGAAUGCAUGUUGGGUGUUUGUUAGGAUGCAGUGUGCUUGAGAUUAGACUAUUCAUGGCUCCUUCGAGCACAUAUUGGAACUUCCAAGUGGCUAAUAAAAAAAACAGCAAGUUUCUCUUUACAUCACAAUCUUCUUCUUCCUUACUAUCAGAUAAUGUUUGUGGGAACACUACAAAAAGUUUCAGUUUGUUAACAUUAGUUAAGGCAUUAGAUGUCAUAA